AUGGGUUAGUGCUUAAAAUUAUGCCAAUGUUAAAGAAUAAUUAGGGUUCAUUUAUUAGGUUUAAAAAAUGUUGGUAAAUUUACAUUAACUAAUAAAUGGAGAACUGGAAGAAUACUUGAUAAAUCUAAUUACACAAUAAAUUUUUGUGAGUAUGAUGAAUUUUAGUAUUAAAAUUGUUAAUUUUAGAUUUGGUCUUACCCUCUUGUAGUAGAGUAGUAUUUGUUUUCUGUCUAUUGGUAGAAAGGCGAUGCAAUUGUUGUUUUAGUAGAUUCAUCAUAAUUGGAAUAAGAGAAUUAUAUUUAAAACUACUUACAUGAUAACCUCUUUUAAAUAAAUGAGUAAAAUGCACUUAAAAAAAUUUCAACUCUUAUUUUAGCUAAUAAAAAAGAUAUCUGUAAAUAUAAUGAUUCAUAAAUUUUAGAUUAUAUAGAUAUUAAUCGAUUUACAGAUAAAGUUAAUUACAAAUUAAUAUACACUAAUUGUUUUUCUGGAGAAGGGUUAUAUGAGGCUUUAGAAUGGUUGAUUUCAAAUACUGUAAUUUGA